AUGACUCAUCCCCACGAGGAGUACAGACACAUGAAGGCCUUGAAGAGACACAACGACAUGCUUGGUUUCGUGGCUGAUGCGGAGUACGACGUCCCGACCAAGUGCCCGUGUGGUGGAGGUAUCAAUACCGAGGUAUCUCUGUGUAACAAGUUUCCCAAUGAUUUUGAUACGCAACCUGGAAGGAGGUACUUCACCUGCAAAAACUUUGAG